AACUUUUAAAAUAUAAAGAUUGCUAUGUAUGCUUUAAAUUUGGAAGCAAAACAAUUUCGAGUCGUUACUUCACAUUUAAUGUCGACUUUUUUCAUAUCUACAUUAUUAUGACCAAAUCCUCCAUAAAUGAAAGUAAAAGAAUAUUUUGUAAUUGGAAUAAUUCUCUCUAUAAGCAUUAGAUAUUUACAUGAAAAAAAUCUCAAAUUAAUUGUGGUAAUAAAACUAUGUACAACGUUAAUUUUAAGAUUGCUGUAAGUAUUAUUAGAAAGUAAUUAGAAAAUUAAUAAUUGUAAUUCACUAAAUGACGAGUUGUAUGGUGUGUGAAUAAUUAUGGAGGUUGUUUUGUUCCAAACAAAAAAUGUUAUUUAUUUAUGAUUAAACAAAUUUUGAAAUAUCAUGUUUUUUACUCCGUGUACCCUUGUAGAAAAAUAAUUAUUGCAUGAUACCAAUAGAUAAAAGUGGCCAGAAAAUACCUACCAAUGCUAUUUAUUAAGUACUUAAAAAAAGGCAAGCAAUCUUGGUAUGCAUUUCUAGGUAAGCACUGAGUUUUAAAAUAAAACGCAACUAAAACCAAUGUUACAGUGUAAUAAAAGUUACCAAAUCAAAUUUACUACAAGAAUAUGUAAAAAAUGGUUCAAGGUGGUGCAGUUUAGGGAUUUCUGCAAAUGUUUAGAUACAUUUUAGACCAGUAGUGUGCCAAGGCCAAAGAAAAUAUGGUUUAAAAUUUACUUUGAUAUUCAGCUUCUUUUUUGCGACGAUUGACGGACAACGAAUUUUCUAUUGAAAUCUGUCUGCAGCGAUCUAAAGCAAUUAUUGUUUUUGGGUCGACUUGAUUGCAAUUUUCCAUACUACAUAUUUCAUAAUUGCGAUGAUAAGGUUUAAUACAAAUUUCACACUGGUAGCUGAUAGCUUGCGGAGGUUUAAGAGUAAUAUGCAAAACUUCAAACUUCAUUAUCAAGAAGUCAUUGUUCUUUCAACUAUUGAUAGUAUUAUUAUAUUAUCUACGUAUUUAACAGCUGAUUUGUUGAAUAUUUUACCGAGUUUUAAUAGUCGUAUUUUAUAAAAGUAAUAAAUAACACAAGUGAAAAUGCCGCUGGACAUAACGAACCCGGCUGCAAUAAUAUUUUUCCAAGAAAUGUAUGAAAGAGAAAAACGUCUGCGGGCGCAAUGGGUGUUCACACAUCAAGCAAAGAUGGAAAAGGCAAUAUCUUUAAAUAGAGAAAGGACUAACUACUAUGAAACCGAUGUGAUCGCUCACAAUAUGGUAGGAGGGCUAGCCACCAUCACACGAGAUCACAAAAACGCUGUGGCGGUACGUAGGAAAGUCCCUCUUCGUGACGCAAAGACCAUAAAAUGCGCUAAAGACAUAAGAGAGGACUAUUCAAUCGUCAAACUGGGUCUCGGUGAUCCCAAAGAGGAUCCCAGGCUUGCAAGGCCAAAGACUGAUCCAACUUUUGAACCAAUAAUGAGACCUGUCGACCCAAAACUGACGAAAGUACUACAUAAGCCAAAACCCCAGUUUGGUAGAGAGCGGUACUUGAAGCUGCGAGGCUUGGAAUGGCCUGAGAAGAAGUUUUAUUUCCCUGAAUGUAGCAACUGGGUUUACGGUUGGCGUAUGGCAGAUAGUCUUGGGAAGCAACGUUGUCCAGAGCAUGGACGACGCUGGCUUCUAAGCAGAACCCUCAACAGCCGCGUCGGACCACAACCGGAUCCAUACUAUUAUACGUCCGCAGACAUCCCUGGCGUCUCAAAAUGUAUUGCCCUAUAAAAAUAUUCUAGGUUUAAAAAAGUAAUUUUGUUCUAAAUGUACGAACUGGUAGGUAUUUUAUACGUCCCUAAUUUUAGAAAUGGUA